UUACCGGAAACCAAUUCUUUCGCUAUGAAUGUGUUCCGGGGGAAGCUCAACGUCAACGAGGUUCUGCCAUUUCCUAAAGCCCUAACUUCUGAGAGGCUGCAGCAUCUACAGGACAUUGUUACCCCGCUUGAAAAGUUUAUUGAGACAGAGGUGGACGCUGUGAAGCACGAUGCGGAGGGGAAGUUUGACGAGAAACUAUCCCGUGUACUAGGCGACAUGGGAGCUUAUGGACUGCAGGCACCAGAAGAAUACCAGGGUCUGGGUCUGGGAAAUUCCGAGUACGCUCGACUGGUGAACAUUAUUGGCCAGAGUGAUCUUGCGCUGGGCAUACAUUUAGGAGCUCAUCAGAGUAUCGGCUACAAAGGAAUAGUUCUGUAUGGCACCGAAGCCCAGAAAGCGAAGUAUCUGCCGGACUUGACCACAGGAAAAGCUAUUGCUGCCUAUUGUCUAACUGAACCAGGCUCAGGGUCUGAUGCUGCCUCAAUUCAGACAACAGCAAAACUCUCACCAGAUGGGAAGCACUAUAUUCUGAAUGGAACGAAAAUAUGGAUCAGUAACGGUGGGCUGGCGAAGAUAUUUACGGUAUUCGCGAAGACACCAGUCACUGACGAGGAUGGCAAAACUACGGAUAAAGUCACAGCUUUCAUUGUUGAACGAGGGUUCGGAGGCGUCACACACAGUCAGCCGGAAGAAAAAAUGGGCAUCCAUGCUUCAAAUACAACGGCCCUCUACUUUGAUGAUUGCAAGGUGCCGGUUGAGAACGUGUUGGGUCAAGUUGGUGACGGAUUCAAGAUUGCCGUCAACAUAUUGAAUCAAGGUCGUUUCGGAAUGGCCGCUGCUCUGUCCGGUACGAUGCGUGCUGCUAUUCAGAAAACUGCUCAAUACGUCGUUCAGCGUAAGCAGUUUGGGCGAACGCUGAAUGAGUUUCAGAAUGUCCAAGAAAAACUGGCAAACAUGACAAUGCGCCAGUACGUCGCCGAGGUGCCGGUUGAGAACGUGUUGGGUCAAGUUGGUGACGGAUUCAAGAUUGCCGUCAACAUAUUGAAUCAAGGUCGUUUCGGAAUGGCCGCUGCUCUGUCCGGUACGAUGCGUGCUGCUAUUCAGAAAACUGCUCAAUACGUCGUUCAGCGUAAGCAGUUUGGGCGAACGCUGAAUGAGUUUCAGAAUGUCCAAGAAAAACUGGCAAACAUGACAAUGCGCCAGUACGUCGCCGAGUCCAUGGCCUUCAUGAUUGCCGGUUCGAUGGAUUUGGGCGCGCAGGAUUUUCAAGUUGAAGCCGCCAUAAGUAAAGUCUACUCAUCAGAAGCUGCUUGGUAUUGUGUGGACGAAGCGAUUCAGCUUCACGGGGGUACUGGGUACAUGAAACACGCCAACCUGGAACGAGUGUUGCGUGAUCUCCGCGUCUUCCGCAUAUUCGAAGGGGCCAAUGAUGUUCUGCGCUUAUUUAUCGCGCUCACUGGGUUGCGGUACGCCGGCAAGCAUCUGGCAGCUGCCAGGAAGUCUCCAGUGGGCAUCGUCCGACUGGGAACACAAAGGCUCAAACACAAUUUCGGCUUCGGUUCUGGCCACACUCUUAGCAACUUAGUACCCGCAUCGCUAAUCAGUGUUGGCGAACAUCUGGGCGACUCGAUAGACCUGUUUGGUGAGGAGUGCAUGAUUCUACUCCGCAGAUACGGGAAAGAUGUUGUUGAAGAACAGUUUCGUCUUAUUCGACUGGCCGAUGCAAUCGUGGAAAUCUAUGCAAUGAUGUGCGCACUAUCCAGAGCUACGAUGGCCGUGAAGGAACAUUCGCAGUUUGCUGAACAUGAAGUGCACUUGACAAAUGCGAUCUGCCAAAACGGACUAAAGAAGGUCCAUGAAUGUUUCUCGGAAUUGGACUCAUCAUAUGAUAAGAGACUGUAUAACUCCUUGAGGUCGAUCAGCUUUGACGUGUGCAACCACGGUGGAGUGCCUUAUCACACACCUUUGGGUAUUUAAGUCUACUGUUCAAAGUUAGCUGUACGCUUUUCAUACCUUACUUGACCUACUCUGUGUUCUCACUCAGUGAGCUUCUACAAAACUGUGGCUAUUUGUAAAUUCUCAUCAGCAACCGUUUAUUUUCAUGUGGCUUUUGUCUUUCCGCUUUCCCGUGAUUGUCUUGAGAACAAGCGGUUCAUUUGACACUUUAUUUAGCAGUCGUGACUUGGCUUCAUGACUAAAUUUCUUCACGGAAACUUUAUCCUCUAGAUAUAUUGUCAACAACAGACC